ACAAAGAAGUCGUUGGAGGCAACACCAUGAUCGUCCUCGUGGACCUGCUGCUGAUGCUCAUCGACCUGACCUACGCCAUCCUGGCCGCCGUCGUGCAGACUUUCCUGCGGCCGAGGCUGAAGAGCAUCGACGGGGAGCUGUGUCUGAUCACCGGGGCCGGGGGCGCCCUGGGCCGCCUGUUCGCCCUGGAGUUCGCCAAGGAGGGCGCCCACCUGGUUCUGUGGGACUGCAACGCGGACGCCAACGAGGGCACCGCCCAGCUGGCACGGGAGCUCGGCGUCAAGGUGCACGCCUACACCGUGGACCUCUCCCGGCGCGAGAGCAUCUACGAGGCGGCGGGCCGCGUGAGGACGGAAGUCGGGGACGUGUCCAUGCUGGUCAACAACGCGGGCGUGGUGGCCGGCAGGAGGCUGCUGGAGUGCCCCGACGAGCUUUUGGAGCGCACCCUCCUCGUCAACUGCCACGCUUUGUUCUGGAUGACCAAGGCCUUCCUGCCUCAGAUGAAGGCAAAGAACCACGGUCACAUUGUAACUGUUGCCAGUGCCCUCGGGCUAUUCAGCACCGCAUGUGUGGAGGAUUACUGUGCCAGUAAAUUUGGAGCAGUCGGUUUCCACGAAUCACUGACCCAUGAGUUGCUAGCAGAGGAGCUUGAUGGAAUUAAAACAACUCUAAUUUGCCCUUACAUUGUGGAGACAGGGAUGUUCGCAGGAUGUAAGAUAAGGAAGGAGUUUCGCAGUUUAAUCCCACCAUUGGAGCCUCUGUACACCGUUCAGCAGUCCAUGACAGCCAUUUUAGCAGAACAGCAAAUGAUCUGCAUCCCUCGUCUUAUGUACAUCCCAUUUGUGACCCGAGCUUUACUACCAUGGGACGCAAAUGUUGCCACAUAUCGCUUCAUGGGAGGAGACAAAUGUAUGCUGCCCUUCAUCAAGAAUGUUGAACAGAGGACAUCAAACGGCCAUAUCAAAUCAUCCUGAGACUACCUUCGUCUUCUACAGUAUUUAAUAUCAAGUGUAUUUUUUUGCUGAAAUUGAAUGCCUGAUUACUUCUACAGUGAAAACUAUCUAUUUUUACAUGAAACCUCAGAACCUAAUAGUAAUAAAAAAAAGGUGAUCAUGCGGUCUCCCUUAUUGGCCUGGUGAAAG